AUGGCCCCCUUCUACGUCAUUGCCAGCAUGCGCGCUGCCUCAGCCCAGGCCGCCGACGAGCUCGCAGUCCUCUUCGCAGCCUGCCGCGAGCACGCCGAGAAGCACGAGCCUGGAACACUCCAGUACACACCUGUGCGCGACAUGCAGGACCCGCUCAAGUUCAAGGUGUUUGAGCAGUACGCCGGUCCAGAGGCUGUUGCUGCACACACAAAGACGGACGUUUACCGCGCUCUUGGGCGUGCUGGUAAGACUCUCUUCGAGGGUGGCAGCAAGGGUAUUACGAUCGAGCGCUUCACUGCUGUCGACGCCAAGAGCAAGCUGUAG